AUGCCCAAGUACCCGUACGACGACUUUGUUGAGAUCACAGAUUUAUCGGACAUGGAGUUGUUGUACCAGAAGGAGAAGAACAUAAGCAAGAUGCUCACCUUCGACGCCAACGAGCUCGCCGUCAUCAAGAAGAUGGCCAUGGCCGAUGAGAGACUACAAACCUGCAGCAUGUUCUCGGCCCUCGCUACCCUGGUGUGGGAGGCUGAAGCAAGGUCAAAAUUCAAAGAACCACUCCCCAAGAAUUACUUUUGCAACCUCGUGACGACCACCUGCUGCCUCACCACGGCUGGCGAGCUGGCAGAACUGCCGAUCUCAUACACAGUGAAGCACAUCCGAAAGGCAUGUGGGCUAGUGGACGGGGACUACGUAUGGUCAAGGAUGGACUACAUCGACCUCUACAGGCCGUCGCUGACCUCAACGGGCAUACCUGUGAUUAGCUCAUGGACCUGCCUGGCUUAUGGGUGCAGCAACUUCGAGUGGGGUGACCCUACCCAAUUUGGAUGCAGGGACCUGUCGAGGGCAUUUUGCUUGCUCCAGCCCGAGGGCGGGAAGGGCAUCGCUGUAACGUUGGCCCUCCCAGAGUCCGGCAUGAACACCUUCCAGAAGUUGAUUAAUGAAGUGUAA